CGCAGGUGCUGCUCAACACAUUUCGCCGGCGGCUUAUACCAUUGGUCUCAAGACUGGCUUUGCCCCGGCGUUCGAUCCCCAACAAUGAGGCUUCGGGUCUUCUUGCGGGACACCAGGACGCUGCUACCGGCCGCAUGGCUGCUCGUGAACUUGCUGAUGCUCGGAUUUUCCUACGCCAAAUUCUCUCGCUCCGACCGCUACUUCUACACCCGUGCUCUCGUGGGGGACGCCCUGUCGUGGGCCCGCGCCUCAGCCGCGUGCCUCAACCUCAACUGCACCAUGGUCCUGCUGCCCACGUGCCGUCACCUCAUGUCACGUGUCCGCGCUGCAUGCUGGCACUGCAGACCCGCAAUUCGCAGGCAGAUGGAUCACUGUGGUUAUUUUCAUCGGACUAUCGCCUAUACCAUAGUACUACUCACAGCGGUGCACGUCGUGGCCCACAUCCUCGGAUCCGAGCGAUUCUGCGCGGCGAGCCGAGCUCACGACAACUCCCUCCUCGCCCGGCUCUCUGCGCUGGGGACGAAUCCCAACGAGACGCGGCUGAACCCAGUCUGGCGCGCAAACACGAGUCCCCUGCGCGAGUCCCUGUCGGGCGUUCCGGGCUUGUCGGGGAUGCUCAUGACGACGUGCCUCGUGCUCGUCGCCACCUCGUCGCGGGAGAGCGUGCGCCGGGCCAACUACGAGAUAUUCUGGUUCACUCACCUGCUCGCCCCCGUGAUGUACGCGGGCCUCCUCGUCCACGGGCUCGGGCGAGUGGUGCGUGGCCAGACGGAGGCCAGCCUGCGGGAACACAACAUCACGUGGUGCUACGCCCGGCACGAGCAGUGGGGCGGGCGCGAGGCCGCGUGUCCCACACCGCAGUUCAGCGGCAACCCUCCCGUGACGUGGCGCUGGCUGCUGCUCCCGCUGCUGUUGUACGCGGGUGAGCAGCUGUUACGCUGCUAUUGCUGCUGUCACCCGACGGUCGUGACCAAGGUGCGCGAGCACCCGGGUCACGUGCUGGAGGUGCGCGUGCUGGGCUGCCCGGCGCGCGCGCGCCCCGGCGACCACGUGCUCGUGCGCUGCGCCUCCGUGUCGCGCGCACAGUGGCACGCGCUCACGCUCACGUGGGGGGCGGGGAGCCUGCACGUGCACGCGGAUGGCGACUGGACGCGCGCGUUGCUGAGGCGGUGCGCGCGCGCUGGGGGCAGCGAGCCUCCCAGGCUCUGCGUGGAUGGCCCCUUCGUGGGGUCCUCCCGGGACGUGGAUCGCUACCCCGUGAGCGUGCUCAUUGCCGCGGGGAUCGGCAUCACCCCCUUCGCGGCCUACCUGGGCUCCUGGCUUGCGGGGGCAACCCGGCACACCACGGUGUACCUGUACUGGAUAUGCCGGGAGCCGUCUUCCUUCGCCUGGCUCUGCGAGCCCCUGCGAUCUCUGGAGAGACAUCUCAUGGAGACCGGGUGCAGCCACCAGCUCCGCUACAAACUCUACCUCACCCGCUGGGACGAGACACAGGCCGUCCACAUCGCCCUUCACUGGGACGAGGCAGAUGACACCAUCACGGGGCUGAGGCAGAAGACGUGGUUCGGACGUCCGAACUGGAGCGUCGAGCUGGACCAGAUUGCCCGCGCGCACCCGGGGGUGGAGGUCGGAGUGUUCGCGUGCGGGCCCCACGCCCUGUGCGAGGGCGUUCGUCGACGCUGCGCUCGCCACUGCAGCGCGGGGCCGGACCGGGCGGCCUUCAGGUUCCACCAAGAGGCGGACUGA